AUGUCCUUCAAACGGUCGCCUCUCCUGAGCCUCGCUCUCGCACUUGCCCCGCUGGUCGUGGCUGAUGACCGCCCCUACGUCGCCGACUCGGUGUGCAAUUGCUACUUGACCAACUCGUCGGAACGAUACUUCACCAACCACGUCUUCUUCGACUUUCGCAACCUUGGGCAGUAUGCGGGGGUCCCUGACGCCCUCGCCGAUUGGGGCGCGAGUGCCAAUGCACCGGUGACAUCCGACUACUUCAACUCGGACGCGUGGACGUCGGUAUGGAGCAUCCAGUCCUGGAACAACACAGAAGUCAAGGGCAAGAACGGCAACGACGCCACAGUCGACAUGGUCAACUCGGCCAACAACAUCUACAUCGAGCGGAACAGUGACCGGGACGCGUCGUCGGAUACCUUUAUGAGCAUGCGCACCGUGCGUACCCAGGGUUUCCAGUCGUCUGCCGAGAUUGAGUCUAUCUCGAUGGGCUACCACUUCGCCUCCGUCCGGAUGCUCGCCCGCACUAUCGGCGCCCCGGGCGCCUGCACGGCGCUGUUCACCUACCGUGAGGCCGACGCCUACGCCAAUGUCCAGGAGGCCGACAUCGAGGUCCUGACCAAGGACCCCGAGAACCGCAUCCAGUACACGAACCAGCCGUCCUUCACCGCCCAGGGCGACACCAUUGACAAGUCGACACAGAACGGCACGAUGCCCCGCGGCACCUCGUGGCGCGACUGGGCCGUCCACCGCAUCGACUGGGAUGAGAAGGACAGCACCUGGCUCGUCGACGGCUCGAAGGUGUCAAAAAUCGCCUUCCAGGUGCCCCGCGAUCCCAGCCGCAUCAUGCUCAACUCGUGGAGCGACGGCGGGUCAUGGUCGGGAAUCAUGAACGUCAACGAAUCGGCCGUCAUGCAGAUCCAGUGGAUCGACAUGGUCUUCAACACCACCGAAGAGUCCUCCUCCUCGUCGAAGCGCGACGUCGGCCUCCACCGGCACGGACAUGGGCCCGUGGGCCGGCUCGAGCGCCGCGACGGCGACGGCAAGUGCCAGGUCGUGUGCAGUAUCGACUCGUCCGACACCAUCGGCCAGCCCGUGAUGCUGCACAAUGGGACGGCCCCCGGCCAGCUUCUUGGGCAGUCCAGCGCCAUGGCUUUCUGGCUGCCUGUGGCGCUCAUGUCUGCCACCUUCUUCCACCUCUGGGCGUAA